AUGGAUGUCGGUUAUUUUAUGAUCAAUGUGAAAGUUAAGAAGCUCAAAUUGGAGCUGAAAAGCUCAAGUGUAGAAAACAUGACGUUUAUGAGUCUAGCUAUGGGUAGCGUUGAAUUAAUAAUUCAAAACGUCACAACAGACAUACAUAUUAUCAACUCAACCAUGACGGAUCUAUCCCUACCGCUUCGCGGCGAGGCUUUGACUGAAAUUGAACUAAAUGGCACAACUGUCACGAAACUUCCAAAGUUCCUCUACGAACGAGAUCUGGGUAGCAAUAUGGACAUAACGGUAGAUUUAUCUUCCCUUAAAGGGGAAACUGAACUCAGUGGGGAGCAGCUCACCUUGUUGGAAGCAAAUGCUCAGACCCUCUCGACACAGUCUUGGGCACAAGAGUACCAUUCGAAUUGCGAGUCGGUGGAUAUAUUAAGUAUGACGGUUUCCGUUGGAAGCCGCAAGAGGACAGUAUUGUGCGGUUCCAGAAGCUCAUCAGCAACGUCCGCAACUAAAAGCCAUGCUUUCACCAAUAGCGACCGGCCUGAGUUGGGAGAUGCGGGCUCGAAUGAUAAUGUUACCAGCAGUGGCUUGUCCACCGGAGCUCUUGCUGCAAUUAUCGUUGUAGUCGUAGUUAUCGUUGUGACUCUAGGGUUCCUUCUUUUUCGGAUGUACAAAAAGCGGAAGGCGGCCCACUCGAGUUCUCAGAAAAACGAAGCUACGGCGACGUUGAUGAGCAAGAGCGAUGUCGAUAAAGGCUCAUUCAUUUCCAACGAUGUUUUUUUGCGCAACUUCCGGUUGCCCCAGAGUACUGUCGCACUCGUCAAAUCUGUGGGAACGGGCCGUCUUUGGAUGGGCGAGUAUAAUGGCGGGAAAGUGGUUGUGAAGCGCGUGGAGUCGGAGGUGACCGACUCCCACGUGACAAAAGCGCUUAUGGCCCAGGCUAGAACGUUUGCGACUAUUUCGCAUCCGAACAUUACGAAUCUGGUUGGGGUCACUUGGCUGGCUGGCACGGAUUUUGCGGUGGUGACCGAGUUCAUGGGCAAGAGCAACCUGAAGACUGUGCUAACAAACAAGGACGUGGAUCUGGAUGUUCGUACGAAGCUGCAAAUGUGUAAUGAUGUGGCGUUGGCGCUCGCGUAUCUGCAUGAAACCGAGCAAAAUAUGUGUGCAAAACAGUUGUCUAGCCGGAAGGUACUCGUUAACAAGAACAUGGAGUGCAAGCUCAGUCUUUUUGAGUGCGUCCCAAGCUCCGCAAAAACAGGAGGUCCAAGUAGUGCAGUUCAAUAUUCUUAUGGUAUGGGCGAGCUUGUGUGGCUGCCACCCGAGGUGAUCACUCGGUCGUCCCCGAUGAACGCGCGGACAAACAAUAUUUACGCGUUCGGUGUCCUGAUCAGCGAGAUUUUUACACGGGCAUCACCGUACCAGUCGUUAAUCGAGGAAAUGGGUAACACCUUGUCAGACGUCGAGCUGGGAAAGCGUGUCCGGCGUCAGGAUCCGCUAGAACCACACGAGAACCGGCAGGAAUACCUCGCAGCGCCAGCAAUCGUGCGGCAAUUGGUGGAGCAGUGCCUCUCGUACGCACCUUUGAGCCGACCAACUGCGAAGGAAAUCGUUGAUAUUUUGCACCACGCAAAGGAAGAACUAGCAACGGACAGCAUCUAA